AUGGCCAGCGCUGGAAAUAAGACCAUCAACGCUAAAUUGGUAUUGCUUGGGGAUGUUGGAGCUGGAAAAUCAAGUCUUGUUCUUCGGUUCGUCAAAGAUCAGUUUGUUGAAUUCCAGGAAUCAACCAUAGGUGCAGCUUUCUUCUCUCAAACAUUGGCUGUGAAUGAUGCAACUGUGAAGUUUGAGAUAUGGGACACAGCUGGUCAGGAACGAUACCACAGCUUGGCUCCAAUGUACUACAGGGGUGCAGCUGCUGCAAUUAUUGUCUUUGACAUUACAAAUCCAGCGUCAUUUGAGAGGGCGAAGAAAUGGGUUCAGGAACUGCAGGCACAAGGUAACCCUAAUAUGGUGAUGGCUCUUGCUGGAAACAAAGCUGAUUUAUUAGAUGCAAGGAAAGUUACUGCAGAGGAAGCGGAGAUAUAUGCUCAAGAGAACAGCCUUUUCUUCAUGGAAACCUCAGCAAAGACUGCAACAAAUGUCAAAGACAUAUUCUACGAAAUCGCGAAAAGGCUACCACGCGUACAGCCAGCAGAGAACCCUACGGGAAUGGUUCUUCCAGGGGCAGGGGCUACGGCUGUGAGUUCAUCCUCGUGUUGUGCUUAG